AUGAAUAAGUUAGGAGACGACGAACUCGGCCUAAUCCUGAGCCUGGUCGCCGACCCAGAUGAUAGAAAAUCGGCGUCUGAGGUCUGCAAGGGGUGGUGGAUCAUGGAGGGUCUGAGCCGAUCAUCACUCCUAGUUGACGACCCCGAUCAUCUUCCUCGAUUACUUGCUAGGUACCCAAACUUAACCACAUUCGAAACGCACAACCAAAUGAGCAAUGCCGACUUGGCAUUGGUGGCCCAAUCAUGUCCCAAAUUGUCCACGAUUGUGCUCGGAAGGAACGGGGAUGCACUACUUGGAAUUACGGCUCUGAUAACUUCAGCUGCACAUAACUUGACUCAUUUGGAUAUGGAUGGUUGUUGGUUUGUUACUGACCAAGCCUUUGAAGCAAUUGGGUCCUCUAGUUGUGCCCUUCGCUUUUUAAGUCUGAGAGGUAGUUCCGUUACUGACGACGGAUUGAGAUUUUUGACAAAUGGUUCUUGUUCAAAAACCAUCAAGCAAUUGAAGCUCGAGAGCUGCUGUCAUAUCACUGAUGUCGGGGUCUCGCUUUUGUGCAUGAUGCGUGUCUUGGAGGAGCUGGAUUUGGCGUUCUGUGCCCAGCUAACUGAUGUUGGAGGACAGGCGAUCUCCACAAUUCAAACCCUCAAAGUGUUGAACUUGGCCUGUCUAAUCGACCUGACAGAACAAACUUUUGUAGCUCUUGCUAAGAAUUGCAUAAACUUGGAGGUUCUUAUUCUCCAAGAAUGUGAGGUCACUGCAACAAGUAUUCAUGCAUUUUUGGGUCACAAAUGCUUGCGAUCUCUUAAUCUUAUUUCUUGUCUUUCUGAUGAUUUUAAAGGAUCUAUUUUGGAAAGCCUAGCGCUUGGAUGCCCUUCAUUGGAGUCGAUUGUGGUGCAAGAAAGUUGGAGAGAGAAGUUGUUGCAGGAAAUGCAAAAGAGUACUGUCAGCAGAUUCCUGCAUUUCAGUCACUUUUGA